AUCAGCUGUUCACCUGAUUUUAUAAUUCUGCACGCCGCUUAUUUCGUGUUUUUCUGCUCUAUUGCUUGGAAUUUACCGAAAACAAGGAUUUAAAUCGAGAUGUGGCCAAUUGUAAUGGCUCUAGUAAGGCGCAACGCCGUUUACAUCACGUUACCAAUAGCCGGCGUUGUGGGUUUUAUUGGCUAUAAUAUCGAGAGUUGGAUAUCUGACAAAUACACUCCAUACAGUCCAUCCAUACAAGAGUUACGCGCUAAACGACUGACAGAAGAAAGUUUGAAUACAGAUGCCGCUAAUGUGGAGAAAUUACGACUUAGUAGUCCAGUACUCGAACGCAACCUUUCCCCGUCGCUGCAGCCCAAGGCCUAGUGACAUACCAUGAUUUGUUAUCAAAAUUAGAAAGUUGUUAUCAUUAAAAAA